GGGGAGGAGCAACGGCAUCACAUGCAUGAUCGAGAGAGGAGGAGAUGAUUGAAAGGGGGAUACAGUCCACUGUUGACACUUGAUCUGUUUAGGCGUGAAUAAUUUCGAGUGAUUUUUGAUUUUCAGUGUAUCGCUCUUUACCAUGCCCGUCAAUUUCGAGUUGUGAGACCUGUCCGACGGUUAGCUUGUUAGCUAGUCACUCCGGCUACAUGGCCAGCUAGCACUAUAAGCUGCUGGCACCAGCUCAACACCCGGAGCCGGCGAAGUGAAGAGCCGAAGAGGGGAAUGGCAAGAGUUCACUCGGAGAGCCCCCUCAGAAGAAACGACGACUAACCGGAGUGAACAAGUCCAGAUUUCUUUUGUUUUUUGAGUCACCGGUUGUUGGUGUUACUGCAAUUCCCAUCAUGGUGCAGAAGUACCAGUCACCUGUGCGGGUGUACAAGCAUCCCUUUGAGCUGGUGAUGGCGGCCUAUGAGCGCCGAUUCCCCACCUGUCACCUCAUCCCCAUUUUUGUGGCGAGUGACGUCAUGAAAGAAGAGACGAGUGAAGAUGGAUCCACCCACAGGAUUGAGCGCCGCUGUGCCCUGGAUGUGGAUGCCCCACGCCUGCUCAAAAGGAUUGCUGGUGUGGACUACAUCUACUUCAUCCAGAAAAAUACACUGAACCGAAAGGAGAGGACGCUGCACAUUGAGUCCCAUAAUGAGACCUUCUCCAACAGGGUUAUCAUCCAUGAGACCUGCUGCUAUUCGGUUCACCCGGAGAAUGAGGACUGGACAUGCUUUGAGCAGAGCGCCAGCCUGGACAUCAAGUCCUUCUUCGGCUUUGAGAGCACAGUGGAAAAGAUUGCUAUGAAGCAAUAUGCCAGCAGUAUCAACAAGGGAAAAGAAAUUAUUGAGUACUACCUGAAGGAGCUAGACGAUGAGGGGAUCACCCACGUGCCCCGCUGGACACCCUCCUCCCUGUCCUUGCCUCCCCCCAGGCCAACCAGCCUCUCCACCAGCCCACCUGACCUCCCCAAACUUGCAGUCACACCCGCCGUUUUUAUUCCACUGCCCGCCAACGCCAAGGACAGCACCUCUCAGGAUGCCAAGCAGGACAGCAGCGCACUUCAGGCAGACAGCCUAAAUGAGAUCCUGGCUGGUACACCUGAAGACAAGCUAGAUGCAGACUAUAUCAAACGUUACCUAGGCGACCUGACCCCCCUGCAGGAGAGCUGUUUGAUCAGACUUCGCAAAUGGCUGCAGGAGACGCACAAGGGAAAGAUCCCAAAGGACGAGCACAUCUUGCGUUUCUUGCGGGCCAGGGACUUCAAUAUGGACAAAGCCCGUGAAAUCCUGUGUCAGUCGCUGACCUGGAGGAAGCAGCACCAGGUGGACUAUCUGCUUGAGACCUGGAGUUCACCGCAGGUCCUCCAGGACUACUACACCGGGGGCUGGCACCACCAUGACAGAGAUGGUCGUCCUUUGUACAUCCUGAGGCUGGGCCAGAUGGACACUAAAGGGCUGGUCCGUGCCCUCGGAGAGGAGUCUCUGCUCAGACAUGUGCUUUCUAUCAAUGAGGAGGGUCUGAGACGCUGUGAGGAGAACACCAAGGUGUUUGGUCGACCCAUCAGCUGUUGGACGUGUCUGGUGGAUCUGGAAGGGCUGAACAUGCGUCACCUGUGGCGACCAGGAGUCAAGGCGCUGCUGAGGAUCAUCGAGGUCGUGGAGGCCAACUACCCAGAGACACUGGGACGCUUGCUGAUCCUGAGAGCCCCCAGAGUCUUCCCUGUCCUCUGGACACUGGUGAGUCCAUUCAUUGAUGAAAACACCCGCAAGAAGUUCCUCAUCUAUGCAGGCAAUGACUACCAGGGUCCUGGAGGUCUAGUGGACUACAUUGACAAAGAGAUCAUCCCUGACUUUCUGGGAGGAGAGUGCAUGUGUGAGGUACCAGAAGGGGGCCUGGUUCCCAAGUCCAUGUACCGCACAGCUGAGGAGCUCGAGAAUGAGGAUGUCCGUCUGUGGACGGAGACAAUCUACCAAAGCGCUAGCAUCUUUAAGGGAGCUCCACACGAGCUGCUGAUAGAAAUAAUCGAUGCCUCCUCAGUCAUCACCUGGGACUUUGAUGUGUGCAAAGGCGAUGUUGUUUUCAACAUCUACCACUCCAAGCGGGCACCUCAGCCACCACGGAAAGACCCACUGGGAGCCCACGGCAUCACCUCGCCGGGCGGCAACAACGUCCAACUUAUCGACAAGUCAUGGACGCUGGGGCAAGAUUACAGUAUGGUGGAAUCCCCACUCACCUGCAAGGAGGGAGAGAGCGUGCAAGGGUCUCAUAUAACGCGAUGGCCAGGUUUCUAUAUCCUCCAGUGGAAGUUCCACAACAUGCCGGCCUGCUCGGCCACCAACCUGCCCCGAGUGGACGACGUGCUAGCUACCCUGCAGGUCUCCUCGCACAAGUGUAAAGUCAUGUACUAUACCGAGGUGCUGGGCUCUGAGGACUUCAGGGGUUCGAUGACCAGCCUGGAGUCAAGCCACAGCGGCUUCUCCCAGCUCAGCGCCGCCACCACCUCCUCUAGCCAAUCACAGUCCAGCUCAAUGAUCUCCAGGUAGAAAAUGGAGGUGGAAGACUUCAAUCCCCCACAACUCCCUCUCCCUUUGACUGCCCUUACCAUCAACACCAAAGCCAACUCUUCUGACACCCACCCCUACCACCACCCUUUGUCUUUGGACUCUGUUCCUAUUGCACAGCCAGUCUUUGUGGAACUGAAGCAUGCUUGCACAAACAGAAGACAAAGAAUUAAACAAAUCUGAGGCAAAAAGGAAAAAAAAAAAGACUGUGUUCAAUUUAAAGGGCUGAUUUUUGCACAAAGGUCAUAUAUUUCUCUCAGUUUGAAUCAGGACAUUACUGGAAAGUUUGUUUGCAUCAUGAACGUGCGGGGUGGGAAGGUUUGAAGGCUGAGGGUUGGGUCGAGGUGCCCUUUUAUGGCACAGGAACCUGAAAGAAGCAAUAUUCAUAUUUUGGAAGUGGCGGAAACGGAUAACAACACUGGAGGCGGUGUUACAUAUAUGCAUUUACAUACACAAAUGGUAAUGAGACGAUGCAUACCUCAUUCAUGUGCGUCGGCUGAAAAGACUGGAUGUGCUGUUACAUACAAAAAACCCCACCAACACAUAAACUUACCCGUGGACAUUUGAGGACUUGCAAAAAUUGCCAUAUUGUUACAUGAGGGGUUUGUUUAAUCUGUUGAACUCUUUAUAGGUCAGGGGGGGAUCUCUAAACUAGACCUGGGUUGAAUAUCACCUGCACAUAAUUUUGUUUUCAAACUGUAUGGAGUUGAUGGAGUGGGUGGAGCUCACUGAAUCACGACAAUACAGAUGCUGUGAGUGAAGUUGCCAGUCGACAGGAUGGUUGAGAUGCUCUCCUGUAGCUGUAUAAACUUUGUGGCAUCAUUUUAAUGUCUCACGUGGCAGAGCCCACCCCAUCUGUCUCACGAGGGCUUUAUUACACCUUGAAAAGCAUUUGACUAUUUGACCUGGGUCUGACUCUUAGCGAAGUAGUCCGCUAGAAGCAAUAACACAAGUUUGACUUUCUACUGUGUGAAUUAUUUCUAUUUAUCAGUAAGAUGUAUGUGGUGGAUCAUGGGUGCUGAUUGCAGAUGACCUUUUUGUUGUGUACAGGCAGGAGGACAGGCAAACUGAGCCGGUUAACCGCUAAACUCUGUGGCAUCAACAUUAUCACUUAUUUUAUCUGUUAACAUUAUGUCAGGACAGGAACAAAACUAACUCACCAAAUUUUCUCCUGGGCACGGUUAAUUAUCCUUAUACAUUCAGAGAUCCAGUAAUCAUCACCUGGAAUGAGCAGAGGUAGUUUGCUUUAUGUCCAGCAUCUGCACAAUUGAGGAACUCAAGUCAAAAUCAAGUCGUCAAGGAGAUGCCUUGUCACUGAUUUUUGAAUGUGCUACUGAAUGGUUAUCGCUCGCUAACCAAUGAAAUGCCUGAAUUUGGAGGGUUGUGGUGUAUUUGGGCAGAACUGCCAUCUUUCGCUACUUCUUUUUCAGAGUGAUGUAGGUUUCAGUGUGCAUUAGGGAUGAAUGUUACUUUGUGAUUAUCAUUUGUUGAUGCGCCAGUAGACAACAUAAUGAAACUGUACAUGUGCUAGUGUUGGUUGGAGUUUUGUUACUGUUUUUCAGAGAUGAAUACUUGAUGGAGUGAAGCAGUGUGGUGUGUUACUGCAUGCUCACCUGGUGAUUGGGUUUACAGAUCUAUUAUUUAAAAUUAAGAAAUAGCCAUUCUAAGAGCCAUGUGUCAAUAAAUACCAUUUUAGCCUUUGUAAAGCAUCACUUAGAAACACAUCUGAUAUUUUCAAGGUCAUCAGUGUAGUAGAUGAGUGAUUGUGAAUUGAAUGAACAUUUCUAAAUGCAACGCAUCCAUGCAAUGGUUUUUUAAUACAGUUAAUUUGGUUAAUAAGCAUUGAUGACUUCACAUAGAUCAGACUCCCUGUAGAGGGCAGGAAUGAUCACCAUUGCCAAAAGUCAUUGGGUGCUGUUGCCAUGGUAACUGAGUGCAGCUGACAGCAAAAAACAAACAAACAAAUAAAAAAAAUAAAAAAACAAAUAAGAUGUAGGUGUUCUCCUGAACAUACUGGCCCUGCCUGUUGUUGUUUUUGAUACAUGAAACUGCUUGUUUUUAACUGUAAAUGAAAAGUUGAGGCUUAAAAUGUGGUAACGAAAUGUCAUUAACUGCAAUAACAUAAAAUGCUUAAAUGAGGAAAAAGGACCUCUUCAGAUUGAGGGCUAUUAGGUGUGUAUGAUGGUGUAAAAGAAUGAAUGUUAGGAAAAGUGUCGUAAAAGAAAUGCCUGUAAAAUGUGUGUAAACACUGCCUGUGACCUUUAGGGCAGGUGUGUUUUUCCUUUACUUGGCCUCUUCACACUCUGAAGCAUGUUUAGAACCACACAACUAACCUUUCUUCACCUGGUUAUUUUGUCACCAUGAUCUCCAAUUCUUCAGUGGUUCACCCAAUGAAAGAACAAGCAGCAUCAGUUCAGGCCUAACUACUCUUCUAUUUCCUUUUCUCUUUUUCUCUGUCUAUCUACUCCUUGUCACUUGUACACUCCAGUUUUGCAGUUUUGCUUUGACACACUUUUCAUUGUGUAUAUCUUAGAAAGCAGAGUGGACCUUUGAUUGAAGCCAUAGGCAUCAACACUGAACAUGUUUCAUCAAGAUCUCAUUGACAAAUGAGGGCUAUAACUGUUUGUCUUGACUGUUGAACGCAUUCGUCUGUCUCUCUGCUUCUUUCUCUGACAUCAUUGCAUAUCUUCUCUUUACCUUGAUGUGAGCAAUUAUGUAAAAAGUACAUGUUUGGAUUAAUGAGAAUAUGGCGCCUUUACAUGUUUUGAAAACAUUAAACUUGAAUUAUGAGAACAUGA